CGGGCUUCAUUAAUUAUGGGUGAUGUCGUAAGUAUAUGUAUAGCAUGCGUGAGAACCUAGACCAACGCCGACUCGCCUCCGUGCAGCCACCUGCGGACGCCAGUCCAGCUGCGACACUCUACCUUGUCUCACUGUCCUUACGAUCUGCAGUACGACUGGACCAUCUCUUUCGUUUCUUGACGCAGUUUCGAGAUGCCGGUGUUGGCAGCUCCCCCAAUCACACCCAUCGAGCCAGACAUCUUCGAAGACGACGAUGAAGGAUGGCAGGAUAUGCCGGUCGUCCGGGACGCAGAUGAGUUCGCCGGCGGAUUGGACGAGGAGGACCAGAAGAAGUACAAAUAUGUCCCAUCCGCUAAGAAAGACUCCGGAGUCGGGAAGCAAAUCGGGAAUGCGACCGGGAACGUACUGGAUGUCGACUUCGAAGGGCAGGAGUGGAGGACUAAGGUCGAUCAGAACGAAGGCGAGUACACACGGCUACGUUUAAACGAAGAAGACGAGUCGGACGAGGUGCACAUGCGGACGAAGUACCUCUUCGACGGGGACAAGGCCAUGACUCCGCUUAGCCAAAUGCAAGCUACGAAGGACCUUCUUACGGAGGCGCAGCGCGUAGCCUAUGUUGGUCUCUGCGCCCUCACAAGUCGCGAGAUGUCCGACAGGCUCAAGGCCCUUAAUCGCAAGGAGCUGAAGAAAGCCAUUGAGAACAUGGAGCUGUGGGCUCUGAAGAUCAUGGGUCGGUUAUAUUACCAUAUGGAACUUACGACUGAAGAACAAAAGAUGAUCGACAGUCUCGCUAUGCACGGUAUCCAAGCCAAGGAUCUCGUACCCGCUCUUAUGACUACCCACACAGUCGCCAACCCCGAAUACGAUCCGAUCGAAGCUCAGCGACAAGCCGAGGAGCAUCUGACUGCUGAAAUGGCAAAGCUAGAUGCUAUGGAGAGCGAGUCCGCGGACGUCUCAGACUCGUUAGCCACCAAGCCCAAGGCGGCGACGAGUCCGGAACUCAAAGACACACCUAAACCGGCGCAGACGACUGCGAAAAUCUUGGAGGAUACGUCGGAAUCCGUUCCCGGUGUCAGCACGCACCUGUCUGCCGCGGACAAGAAUGUCACACUAGACAUCCGGUGGACCGUGCUUUGCGAUCUCUUCCUUGUACUGAUUGCCGAUAGCGUCUACGAUGCUCGCUCUCGUGUGCUGCUAGAAAACGUUGCGCUCAAGCUCGGACUCGGGUGGCUGGACGUCGUGAAGUUCGAGCGACGAGUUACCGAGGCGCUUGAGAUCGAAGAGAGCAUCGAGACGCUCGAGCAGCAAGAUACAAUCAAGGGCGUACAGAAGGCGACCCGGAGGCGUCGGUUUAUGAUGCUCGGCUUGGCUACACUGGGCGGCGGUCUUGUCAUCGGGCUGUCGGCGGGUCUCCUUGCGCCCGUCAUCGGUGCCGGCCUUGGAGCUGCGUUUACGACGAUCGGAAUCACAGGCACAACUGGAUUCCUGGCGGGGACUGCUGGAGCGGCCGUCAUUACCACGGGCGGUGUCCUCACUGGAUCGGGGUUGGCUGCCCAAGGAAUGGCGAACAGAACCAAAUACGUCCGGACAUUUGAGAUUCUUCCGUUGCACAACAACAAACGAGUGAAUUGUAUCCUCACAGUCCCUGGCUUCAUGAAUGGUCGCUACGAUGACGUUCGCCUUCCGUUCAGUGUCCUGGAUCCUGUUGUGGGUGACGUCUUCAGUGUGCUCUGGGAACCGGAGAUGAUUCGAGAGACCGGAAGCGCACUCAAGAUCCUCACGAGCGAAGUCCUGACGCAAUUGGCGCAAACUGCGCUGCAGGCCACCGUAAUGACCGCACUGAUGAGUGCUCUGCAGUGGCCAAUCAUUCUAACCAAGUUGGGCUACCUCAUCGACAAUCCAUGGUCCAACGCCCUUGACCGAGCGAAGUCCGCGGGACUUGUUUUGGCGGACGUCCUCAUCCGCCGCCACCUCGGCGUGCGCCCCAUCACCCUGAUCGGAUUCUCGCUCGGUGCUCGAGUCAUCUUCUAUGCAUUGCUCGAGCUUGCGAAGCAGAAGCACUUCGGUAUCGUGCAGGACGUAAUCCUCUUGGGCGGAACCGUCACCGCGCCCCAGCGUACAUGGCUCGAAGUGCGAUCAGUCGUCUCCGGCCGCUUCGUCAACUGCUACGCGCGGAAUGACUGGGUGCUGAACUAUCUCUUCCGCGCCACCGCUGGUAGCUUGAACACAGUCGCGGGACUACGGCCAGUGGAGAAUGUUCCUGGAGUAGAGAAUAUCGAUGUCACGGACAAGAUCGCUGGGCACAUGAGCUAUCGAACGUUCAUGCCGCUAAUCCUGGAUCAGCUUGGUUUCCCUGUCUCUGCGGACUACUUCGAUGAGCCGGUGGAGCCCGACUUCGAGGGUGAGCGGAUAGUGGUCCGGGAGGGCGAAGAAGAGGAGAAGAAGCGCGGGUGGUUCUCCCGGAAGAAGAGAAACUCGGCAGAGCCAGCGCGCGCCUCGCGUCCACCCUCAGUAGUAUCGGCACUCCCCUCCCAGACAGAGAAACGAUCGUCUCUGUCCAGUAACGGUGAUGACGACCUACCACCGCGGGAGGCAGCGAUUGCCUCAGCUCCGUCGGCCCCCAGUGCAUCCGCCGUUGACAUUCCUCUGCCCCCAACCCCUGCUACCGAGUCCGCCCCCAUUGGAGAGGCAGAGGGCGAUGUGUCAAGUGCUCUCCCCGCGACUGCGGGGUUCAAUCUCGCAGCCAUCAAGGAAGUCAUAGGCAAGGACACUGACCCAUCGGAUCUGCAAAUCACAGCCCCGAAUCGAUUCCCCACACCCCGCAUUCACGAACCAACACAACGCUCUGAAAGCGUGCCGCUCCCUUCGCCAGUACCGAGUUCACCCGACGCCACACCUACCAUGCGCACCUCCCAUGAUGUGAGGCAGGUGGAGAGCCAGCCGGUAGCAGGCCCGAGUUCCUACGACCGCCGCGAAGUCCAUCAACGUUCACGUUCCUUCGAAUCGGCUCUUGGGGAAGAAGAUGAUGACUUAUCGUCGCAGUUCUCCGGGCCGUCCUCGCGAGCAGCGGAGGAACCCGCGUAUGGCUCAGCGGCUGCAAGCAGCUCAUUCUGGCCGUCUGAUGCGGCAGAAUCCACACCGACGUUCAACGCGUUUGGAGCCUACAGACCGAUGUUCGGUCAAGGCGCAUCCCUCGACGCUACACCAUCUACGACACCGACCCCAUUCGAUCGCUUGGCUUCAUCACCACUCACCCGCAAUCCGUUCGCCUCACCUCCAGGAGACUCACUAAUGACAUUCGGUAGUAUCGACGGAUCAAUCACCCACUCGCCUUCACCCUCGAACGUGAACGUGGAGAGGGAUCCGUGGAAUUUCACUUCCAGCGCGUACAGCCGCGACGUACGGAAGAAAGGCGCAAGCACGCUGGACCUGAACCCAUGGCAGAGUUGAUGACGGGUGUGGAAGAUUUUCAUUGGUCAACUACCCCACAGUGGUGUCGUCUCUGUCUCUCUGGCUAUCGCACGUUCUCUGGAAGCAUCUUACAUCUUCAUAUCUAGCGCAUUGUAUUCCAUCGAUUGAACAUCGCAGCGUAUUUAGCAUCUCGGGCUCGUCCUCCCCGCAAUCGCGGGUUGAUUGAACGAUGAAAGUUGCCAUACUGGGCUUCCGGGGGAAUUCACCACCCCAAGGCAUCGCU